AAAUCAAGAAAUAAAUGCAAUGAUACUUUCCUUAGCACCGUUGAUUAUCAAGGUGUACACGCCGAGCAUUCCUUCAAAUCAAGAACAGAGAAUCCCAAUGAUCAGACACCUAAGAAACUAAACUCAGGAGCGAAUUCAACGAAAUGGGCAUGAAUCUGUUGCCCGAAGAUUGCAUCGCAAAGAUUCUGUCUUUUACUUCGCCUCGUGACGUUUGCAGAUCUUCUGCGGUGUCGAAGAUCUUCAGAUCCGCCGCCGACUCCGACGAUGUCUGGAACAACUUCUUGCCGUCCGAACUUCCCGUCGGAGUUCCGACAUACCCGACAAGGAAGGAGCUCUUCUUCGGUCUCUCCGAUCAUCCUCUGCUCAUCGACAACGGUCGAAUGAGCUUUUGGCUGGAGAAAUCGAGUGGCAAGAAGUGUUACAUGAUGUCACCGAGAGCUCUGAGUAUUGUUUGGGGACAUGAUCCCAGAUACUGGCAGUGGAUCUCUCUUCCUGGUGCCAGGUUCAACGAAGUAGCUGAGCUGAUCACCGUGUGGUGGCUUGAGAUAUCGGGGAGGAUGAACUUAAACCUUCUAUCAGACAACACUGCGUAUGCGGCUUACCUAGUGUUCAAGUUCGGGCCAACCACAUAUGGAUUUAGGCAGGCAAUGGAAGCAAAGGUGGCAAUGGCGGGGACAGAGAGUGAGACGCAGCCGUCAAUGGUGUGUCUGAUGAGAGUUCCAAACAGAGAGGGAAGCCGAGUGGCUGAGCCAAGGAGGGACGGUUGGUUCGAGGUGGAGUUGGGGCAGUUGGUGAAGAGAAGAGGAGAUAUGGGCGAAGCAGAGAUGAGCCUUAGGGAGACCAAGAACCCUUUUGAGAAGCAAGGCCUCCUCCUUCAUGGUAUUGAGCUUAGGCCUUCCUCCUACUCCUGAUCUUUUUCAUGUUUUCAUGUUCGCGUGUUGCGUUGUAUGCUCUCUUCCCAUGGUUUUUCUUUUUAUUUGUUUCGAGUAUUUUUGGUUUCUGGUGUUUUGUUGUUGUUUUUGUCAUUGGUUUACUCCUAAUACACUAUCUAUAUACCUAUAAAGAAUGAGAUAUAUAUA